AUGUUCUCAAAGGUUGCCCUGUUUGUCGUUGUGGCGGUGUUUGUAGGAGUUGCCUUGGCAUUCCCGGACGUCUACGAGCCUGUUUACCACCCCGAGCCUCUACCGUACUACUUCAACUACGAUGUCCACGAUGACUACAAGGGCGCGCACUACAGCCGAAACGAGAAAUCUGACGGGAAGGCUUUGUACGGGUCAUACACAGUCGCCCUCCCCGACGGUCGGAAGCAACACGUGGAUUACACUGCUGAUCACUACAAGGGUUUCGUAGCCAAGGUCAGCUACUCCGGCAAGGCUCAGCACCCGAAGGUCUAUGGGCCUGCGAUCACAUUCAAGCAGACCGGCGGAUAUCACUGA